UGCCAUCUGCACUCACAGCCCACAACCACCCCAGCACAAUAACCAACAAGAACAAAAAAGGGUGGUGGCAUCGACAUCCUAAAAUGACAUUUUUCUGCAGUCUGUCUGAGUUAUCGUCAACACUCCACUGAAAUUAUUUCUCCAAGGCCUUGUGCACAUUCUCCUGAAACCUAAAUUUUUUUAAAAUAGACUAGAAUUUUCUAUCUGCAUCGCUUACAAUGUCGGUCGCUGAGUUUUUGAAGGGCCUGCCCUCCCACAAUGAAAAUAAUUUCGCUAAUUUUCAUACGGACAAUGGAAAUCGUACCUGCGUCAAGAGGCCCUCGGUGUAUUUACCUACGAAAGACUAUCCUUCGGAACAAAUAAUUGUCACUGAGAAGACAACAAUAUUGCUGAGGUACCUCCACCAGCAGUGGGACAAAAAGAAUUCCGAAAGAAAACGAGACUUGUUAUCAGUAAAUGGCGACUCCCCAGACGACGUAGCGGUGAGACGCUGCAAGAGGCCACGUCUCGAUCUCAACAAUACCAUCUAAACCAAAUGAAUGAAAGAAAAGGACCGACACAUAACGAAAGAAUCACAAUUACCUCAUCGUAAUUAUUUGUCCAUCGUUCGAGUUCGAAUACAUCUGACCUGUAAUUUCACGUAUUUCUCCUCAAUUUUCAUAAACGUGUAAAUAUUUCGUUUCAGGAAGCUACUUGCAAUUUCAUGUCAUUUUUUUCGAUUGAAAAUUGUCUUUCACGAGAAUGAGACUUUAUCAAUGAAAUUGAAGCCAUUGUUAGUUAAGAUUUUUGUCAAGCAUCAAGUGUGGAGCAUUUAAUUGGCUUGAAAUUUUUUUUUUCGAUUUAAGGCUCAGGUGAAUCAUCUUUCGAGCGUGAUCUUGGUUGUUUUUUUUAUUUUGAUAAUCUGAAAUGAUCGCCAAUAGCUAUUCGGUUUUACAUAGCCCUGG